AUGGGGAAUAUUUGCUGCUGAGGCCAACACUCAAUACAGACAUGUAAAGACAUUCAAAUUGUAUGCCCAAACUAUAAAUCUCAGUUUCAUACAUCUUCUGACUACCAAAGGACAACUGGAGAUCUAUCACUAAGCAAUCUUGACAAUUUUUCCUUAUCUUGUGCCAAUCCAUUUAAAUUACCUCAGCGCAUUAGAUGACGUAAAGGUGAUCUUAUAGGGGAAGGGUCUUAUGCUAAAGUUUAUCAAUGUAUAAAUCUUGACUCUGGUGAAAUCUUUGCAAUUAAAAGUAUAAAAUUUGAGUCAUUAGAAUGAGGCAACGAGUGAAAACAAAUAAAUCAGGAAAUUAAUCUGCUAAAGGAUAUAAAUCAUAAAAAUAUUAUCAAGUAUUACCAAACUGAUAUUGAUUAUUGUAAACAAACAGUUGAUAUUGUGGUUGAAUAUGUUUCUAAUGGAACUUUAAAAAAGUUGAUUAAUAAAUAUGGAAAGCUAGAAAUCGGAAUUAUCAGAAAUUAUGCAAAACAAAUUUUAAAUGGACUAGUAUAUAUUCAUGAUAAACGAAUCAUUCAUAGAGAUUUGAAGCCUGCUAAUAUUUUAAUUACUGGUGAUGGGAUAAUUAAAUUAUUCUAAUUUCCUGUGGAUUGCGCUAUUCUGGCCUUGAUUUUCCCACUGGCAAAAUUUUUUGGUUUGACCAAACCAUAUGGUACUGGUCGAACCACAAAUAAAUCCAGUGGGAAAAUCAAGGCCAAAACAGCGCCAUCCACAGGAAAUUGCAAUAACUGAUUUUGGUUCGAGCAAGAAAAUAGAUAAAAAUAAAUCUAGAAAUAAAACAGGAUCAAUGAAAGGAAGCCCUUAUUGGAUGGCACCUGAAAUAGCAUUAAAAAAGGGGCAUAGCAUUUCUUCUGAUAUAUGAUCGCUUGGAUGUGUUAUAAUUGAUAUGGCCACAGGGAAGCCUCCAUGGUCAAAUUACUCACAAUAUACAAAAGAUGUAUUGAAGAUGCUUAGAAGUCUUAAUCAUCUGCCUGAUAUCCCAAAUACAGAUCCAAAUCUUGAAGACUUCAUAAGGGCUUGCUUAAAAAGAAAUCCGCGAGAAAGACCAACUGCUAACUCCCCACCUCCGUGAGUAAACAAAACCAUUAGAAAAAUCCCUAUUUUUUCCUAAAAACUCACCUCCGUGAGUGAAAAAAAAAAUUUUAUCCAAAAAAAAUUGAUAUAUAAAUGAUGAUUAUUAUAAUGAAAUCUAGAGCUAAUUCUGUUUAAUUUUAAACGAAAUUGCUUUUUAAAACAUAAAUUUUAUAAAUUAAAUUAAUAUUUGCUUCCCAAUUUUUGCAAAUUGAGAUUUUUUUAUUUCGAAAAAAUAUUUUUUUAUAAAAUUUAUAUAUAAAUUUUUCCGUGAGUGAACAAAAUUUUUUUGUGCACUCACGGAGGGGGGGGAGUAAAGCAAUUAUUAGGACAUAAAUUUUUAGCAAAUUAUCACGCAGAAGUAGAAAAUGUUAAAAUUAAAUAA